AUGAGGGCGGACCGCCCACCGAGGGGUUCAGCGAUCGCGCACCACCGCGGGGCCGUGCCCGUCCCGCCGCCCGUGUGCCCCGUGAGCAGAGCGGCGGCCACCGGCUCCCUCCACAGGGACCCCGCGGGGACGUGGGCGGCGGGGCAGACCGGGGGGGUCACGGCCCUGGCUGCCCCGGCCCGGUUAAAGAUUGUCCAGGUUCGCGAGACAGACAAGGCCGAGUACCUGGUCGCCAAGUUCCUGCAGCUGAUGGAGGAGGACAAGAGGUUUGAGCCCUACCGGUACCUGGUGGUGUCGGUGGCCAACGUCAUCUGUGCCAUGUGCUUUGGCAAGCGCUACGAGCACGAGGACCAGGAGCUGCUCAGCCUGGUGAAUUCCACUGAGGAGUUCACUGAUGUAACUGCUGCUGGCAACCCCGCCGACUUCAUCCCCGUGCUGCGCUACCUGCCCAGCCGCCGCAUGAAGCUGUUCAUAGAUUUCAACAGGUACUUGGUCAGCUUCCUGCAGAAGAGGGUCAAGGAGCACUACGAGACCUACGACGAGAACAACAUCCGGGACAUCACGGACUCCCUCAUUGAGCAGUGCCUGGACAAAAAAAUAGGAACAAACACGGCCACACAGAUCCCCAAGGAGAAGAUCGUCAACCUCGUGAAUGACCUUUUUGGAGCAGGCUUCGACACCGUGACCACAGCCCUGUCCUGGAGCCUCAUGUACCUUGUGACGAACCCCAACAUCCAGAAGAAGAUCCAGGAAGAGCUGGACCGGACCAUCGGGCGGGAGAGGCGGCCGCGGCUGUCGGACCGGGGCACGCUGCCCUACACGGAAGCCUUCAUCCUGGAGGUGUUCAGGCAUUCCUCCUUCCUGCCCUUCACCAUCCCACACAGGAAGCUUUGGAAGGACCCAGACACCUUCCACCCCGAGCGUUUCCUCAGCGCUGACGGGACCAAAGUGAACAAAGAGGAGGGUGAGAAGGUGCUGCUGUUUGGCCUGGGGAAGAGGAGGUGCAUCGGGGAGAACAUUGCCAGGUGGCAGGUGUUCCUCUUCCUGGCCACGCUGCUCCAGCAGCUGGAGUUCAGCGUCUGCGAGGGCGGCAGGGUGGACAUGACCCCGCUCUAUGGACUGUCCCUGAAGCACAAGAGGUGUGAGCACUUCCAGGUCAGGCAGCGCUUCCCCACGAAGGGCAGGAGCUGA